CCAACACGCUACGUCACUCUUUGCCCAGCUCGCAGUUCCUUAUGUGGUGGAUCCUCCGGACUGAAGCGCAGCGACGCCAGCGAGCAUGGCAGACACAGAGGACCCUGGUCCAGGCGAGGCUACCGAGGCGGACACCCCGCGCACCAGCUGGCCACACUACGUCUCGUUCAGCGAGACCGUUCAGCCAGCAGUCGGGAUGGUGAGCCACCUACUGAGCCAGCAGACCUCCCUGAAGUUCGACAAAAACAUCAAACAGGCCUUCUACAACACGGGAGCGAUGAUCUUCGUGGCGAUCUGUUGCGGAGCAGCGGUGUUGGUCUACUUCAUCCUGGAGGCUUUUCUGCGGCCGCUGCUUUGGGCAGUGCUGUGCGGCACUUUCCUGCACCCCUUCAAAUACUCGCUCGCCCGCCUCGGCCGCUCCUGGCUCAGCAGCCUGCAAGACAGCGGCACACCGAUAGUGGUUGGGACUCUGUUGGUGCCGGUGUGGUGCGUAAACUACGGGGUGGAAACUCUGGGAGGACUGGUCGUAGAUCGGCUCAAUGUACUGCUGGCAGUUGGGGCCGGUGUACCCCUGCUUUAUUUCCUAUAUCUGUUCUGGAGCGUCAUUGGCAUGCAGGUGAUCCUCAGUCAUGUCUGUACGGUCAUCUGUCUCGGCCUGGAUUGUUUCAGCGCGGCGUGGGUUGGCACUUUAGUUGUGGGCUACGUGUUGGCUGUGGCGUUUAAGUGGACACCUAGCAUGGAAGGUUACUUGCGUACACUGUCUGUGCCUGUAUGGGCAGCACUUAUUUUCUACCUGGUAUCUCUGACAGGGUCGUGGCGUGUGCCUGUGUUUGUGGUGGUGGUGUUACUGCUAAUAGUGGGUUCUCAGGAGAAGCCUGCUGUUCCAGGGAAAGGUGAGCUCUCUGGUCAGGUGCUCUCCUUUGCUGCUAAUACAAUCUUCAUGGCAAUCUCUUGCGGUAACGUCAGCAUUGCUGAAAAGAUCCAGGAAGAGAAGAGCACCAAAGAACAAUCCAAAGAAGCAAUGGACCCCCCGAAGAGACUCUUUAGCAUUCCCUCAUCCCGGCGGCAUAGCAGACUAGAGUUCAGGGGUAUCCAGCCCAAAGAGAAGGCCAGUGAUAUUUACUUUGUGCUGCUUGCGUGGGCUAUAGUGCUGGUGCAGAUCUGGCUCAACCUCUGGAUCUUACAGUUACUUCCCAUCCCUGUUGCUGUUUGGGUCCUGAAGAAGAUGGUUGUCCAUUUUGGGAUGAAGGACUUCAUUAGGCGGACUCUAGUGAAAUGGUGGGCCGCUUCUGAGACGUUUGUCAAAGACAGACAGGAUGCUGUGCUGCCUGGAACGAUCAAAGGCCUAGCUCAGUUCUUGCUUCGGGUCGACACUAAGAUGAUAGUGUGGCUGGAGCGCUCUUUGGAUAAGCUGAUCAGUAUUUUCAUUAUCUUCCUGCUGGUAACUGGCACACUGCUCAUGGCCUUGCUGCUCACAGCUAUGGUGCACCAAGAGAGUGUUCAUAUCAUAGAGGUCACCAGUAACUUGAUCAACGAGACCGUGUCCAACCACCCAGAGUGGGCCAAUUGGCUCCCAGAGGCCCAAGUUGUCCAGAAGGCUCUAAACUCUGCUGCCACAAAUGUUUACCAACAUGGGAGAGAAUGGAUCACACAUAAGCUUCAUAAGAUGUUGGGUGAUAAAGUAAACAACACGGCUGUGAUUGAGAAACAAGUUCUGGAACUGUGGGACCGUCUCUAUCAGUCCUGGAUUGUGAAGAAUGUGACUCACACUGGACGACACCGUGGACACAAGCCACAUAUGCACAGGCAGAACAGCUGGCUGGGGGACAUACUGGACUGGCAGGACAUCGCCUCAUUCGUUCAGGAGAAUAUCGAGACGCUGCUCUCGAUAUUGGAGUCUCUGUGGGUGGUGAUGAGUCGAAAUGUUGGCUUGCUGAUAUCCACAACAACCACGCUGCUCACCGUUCUGUUCCACAGCGGCACCGCACUGCUCAACUUUGCCUUGUCUCUGGUGAUUUUCCUGACCACACUUUUUUACCUGCUGAGCUCCAGUGGCGAAUACUAUAAACCUGUGAAAUGGGUUAUCAGCCUCACACCCCUCUCCCAACCUGGACCCUCUUCAAACAUUAUAGGACAGUCUGUGGAAGAGGCCAUCAGGGGUGUGUUUGAUGCCUCUCUGAAGAUGGCUGGAUUCUAUGGCCUUUAUACUUGGCUUACUCACACAAUAUUUGGCAUCAACAUUGUCUUCAUCCCCUCAGCAAUGGCAGCAAUCUUAGGUGCGGUGCCGUUUUUGGGGACGUACUGGGCGGCACUGCCAGCGGUGUUGGAUUUGUGGCUGGCUCAGGCAGAGGGAGUCAAAGCUCUGCUGCUGCUCUUCUGCCAUCUGCUGCCAACAUACUUUGUUGACACGGCCAUAUACUCUGAUAUAUCAGGAGGUGGACACCCGUAUCUGACCGGCCUCGCGGUAGCAGGUGGUGCGUACUAUUUAGGUUUGGAGGGUGCCAUCUUUGGGCCGAUCCUGCUGUGCAUACUGGUGGUGGCGUCCAACAUCUACAGCGCAAUGCUAAUGAGCCCUAGCAGCAGUCAGCCGACGCCAGUGCAGAGCCACUUCCCUGUACAUCCUGGCAGGUCAUUCACAGAAACCCCAAUGCAGCUGAGGAAAAGCGAUGAAUGAAAGGCGUUUGAGCAGCAGCCUGUUACACUUGUUAACAGCACCCCCUUCUCUGGUGUAUCUCAUACACUUUAAAAGAGGGCAGUCUUUUAAUAUCUUCACCCUAAGAGAUCUGUGGCUCUCAUAGCACUUAGAAUAUUGAUGCCCCUUGAUGUUGACCUCUGUGCUAACAGUUAAUUUAGCACUUAGCACUGUGAUGCUAAAUUUGGGUAAUGCUGGGAUACCGGGCUCAAAAAAGCUAUGCCGCUUGCACACUCCAGUGCAAAGUUUAGUUAGCACGCCUGUGCGUUGUCUAGCACUGUACUGGUGAAUUAUGCCAAUGCCACGAUGCUGGCGUCAGUUAGCACACUAACAAUACUACGUUUACAUUGAGCUUUACUGUAACAAUCCACCAGGGUCCCACUCAGUGGAGCAUGCUUUCAGCCUAUAGAGCACUGAUCAUUUUUUGUUUAUCUGG